AAUGCGCGUCUUCCAUUAGCAGCGGGAAACUCCCAACAAAAAAAAUUCGAAAACAAACAAUGUCCUCCGACGACCACCACCGUCUCCUCUCUCUCAUCGAAUCCUCCGACGAUAUCUUCACCUCCUUCUCCGAUUACCUCCGCCCUUUCACCUCUCCACAACCUUCCUCCCGUUCCCUCGGCAAGCAGUUCCUCCCGUUCCUCAACAAAUCGAUCUCCCUCUUCCCCAAACGCCUCUCCGCAACCGCCAAUCCCCAAGCUCGCGAAUCGGCCGGGGAUCUGUUCCGCGCGUACGAGCUUUGUUUGGAUUGCUUGGAGUCCUUCUCCGCUCAGUUAGCCUGCAAGCCUCACACUCUUCAGCUCCAGAGAUUGCGGAUGAUUUACUGUCUCGAUGCUUGGGGGUUUCACGAGAGCGUGAUUGUUCAGGCGUUUAAGGUUGUGGAGAAGCUUAGAGGCGGUGAGGUUGGGUCGAAGUUGUUGCCGGAGGUUAAGGAAGGAGAGGCGGAGCUUGCGAUGGUUUUGGUUGAGGCUGUGGCGGCUGUCUUCAAGGGUGUGGCGAUGUGUAAGCAGGUAGAUGAUGAGCCGUAUAGAACGGUGCUUCUUAUGGUCGAGGAGGUUAGAGAUUGGUUCAGGGUUUUAGAUGCUAAGGCGUAUGAGAAGUUGCAUAGAGUGCUCGUGACGAAUCUUGGUAAAUGUGCUCUUUCUCUUGUUAGAGAAGCUGCGCGUUUUGAUGGGGGUUUAGUGCGUUCCUUUUGCGAUGCGACUGUGAAGGAACACUAUAAGUUUGCGUUGUCGAAAGAUCGGAUUUACAAGUUUGCUCGCGAUGUGCUUUCGGUUCUGUUCGGAUUUAAGGAUAGAAGAAUGUCAAUGACCAUUGACAUUUCAAUGUCUGUGUUGCGCAGCUUAACUUGCAACUUCGAGGUUAAAACUAAUGAGGAUAUAGUGGAUUUUGUUGAGCACGUCUCUUAUUGCGCUCACAAGUUUCGAUCAGCAGGAGACGUGUACUGUAUUCAAGUUUCAAAAAGGUUAAAUGAGAUGGCAGCUAUUUUCUCCGAGGCGAUACCACAACUUAAUCUGAUUCUUAGACUUUAUUCGUCUGGGCUGUCCAUCAUGGUUUACGAUUCCAGAGAAAGCAAGGUUAAAGAUGCAACUGAUGAUUGGAAGAUUCAAGCCCUGCUCGAUGACGAGACUAGAUGGCAAAAUUUAGUUUCUUUACUCGGUAUGGUGGAUCAGACUGAUUUGGGCAAUCAGACUGAUUUAUCAUUGGUUGGUGGACAUAAAAGCUACCUCAGUAAAACAAAUGAUAGCUGUUCAGGCAUAAACAUGAAGAAUUGGUGGCUACAAUAUGUAGAUGCCUUGAAAUUCUUGUGCCUACCGCUUGCGACCUUGAUAACUUCAGUGAAAAGAAAAAUUGUGCUGGGGACGGAAAUGUCCUGCGCUUCUGCUCAUUUGUCUACUAUUCAUGAUGCCUUUCUUCAAUUUUGUGAUGGUUGUCUCUUCCUUCAGAGAUGCACAUCUGAAAAGGGAGGUAGCGAAACUGACAAUAACAAAGCUUUGUUAAACGUGGCUAUGGCUGCUUUCAUUGUCUCGUUGAGAACCCAGCAAAAAUUGGAGAUCAGCGUCCAUCUAGUUGAGAAUGUAAUUGCUAGUCCAUGGAUCGGAUCUCAAGAACUCAAGUAUAUAUUAGCGUCGCUAUACAAUGUUGGUGUCGUUCUGUACAGAAAUAAGGAGCUAAAAAAGGCUUGUGAGGCGCUCAAGCUGUGCUCGAAGGCAUCAUGGAGAUGUGUUGAACUAGAUUGUCAGAUAUUUGUAAAUCAAUCUAGUUCACCUGAGCUGUCAGAAGAUGCCAUUAUGGAUUUCGUGGGUGAAACAUGUAAUAGGUCUGCAUUCUACUUGGAUGUACUCCAGCAAUGUAGUAGAUGCAAAAUUAGACAGACUAUCGUGCACAUUCUGGAAAAUUGGCUUUCGGCUGAACAUCUGAUGAGAAGGCUACCAGGUCCUGCGGCAAUUGUGAAACAGUGGGUUAAGAUAGAACGAGGAUGUCACACGAAUUUGGAUAUGGUUGAUUCUUGUACAACUUUGUACUCAUUGCUAUCAUCUUCCAAGAAAAAGUCAAAUCGAGCUAUCGGAAAAAUCCUACAGCAGGAGCUUCUGGCCUAUGAUGAAAUGUUCUCUUUGAGCUCGAAACUAGGUCAACAAACGCGAAUCGAAAUAGCAGAUAUCCUCUUGAAGAAUGUUUAUGUCACAGAGGAUAUGCAUGUAGAGAGAGCAAGAAUCUUAGUAUGGAAAGCAAGAAUAACAAGGGCAUCUGGAACUGAACAUCUAGCUGACUGCAUUCGUUUCCUGUCAGAAGCAAUCUCUAUAUUGAGUGAGGUACAUCAUGGGCCAAAUAAAGAGGGAGUGUCAUCUUCUUACCAGUUACCUAUUGCGUAUUGCUUGAGAGCUUUUUGUACCCAGGAAGCUGAACCAAACUCAAAGAAAGUCUUUCAAGAUAUUAGUACUUCGCUAAAUCUCUGGCUGAGGAUUCCUAGCCUAGAUGAUAGUGAGGACAGUCUACCAACAGAAAACAUAGUUCCAUUACUGUAUAAUAUGUUCGAUUUGAUGUCAGUGAAGGGAUGUACGGAGCUCCAUCAUCAUAUAUACCAGCUGAUUUUCAGAUUAUUCAAACGGAAGCAUGUCAAAUUGGAGGUCUGCCUUGGAAUGAUGUGGGAAAGUAGAAGGCUAAGUCAUGCCCUAUGCCCUUCUCCAAUAAGUGAUGCGUUUAUCCUGGGCUUAUCAGAGAAUUGGGGUGACAAAUCUACGUGCAUUGACUUCUGGAUAGAUUGCCUGAAAGAUUCAAAAGCGAGGCUAAUUGGGUUCCAGCAGAACUUCCAUGUUUUACAAAAUGAUUUCCUGCGAAGCUCCAAAAAGGAUAAAGGUCACUUUCAUUCAGAUAUCACAAUAGAUGAUAUCACAGAUGCAGCUUCAGAACUCAUUUCAAGUGCCUCACUUUCUGGUCAAUCAUCUUUCACAGCUGCAUAUCUUUAUUAUGAUCUCUCUGAAAGGCUCAUAUCGUUUGGCAAGCUUUCUGAGGCUCUGUCAUAUGCAAAAGAAGCCUACAGAAUACGAACUCUUUUAUUUCAAGAGAAAUUUAAGUAUACAGCUGAGAAGCAGUUCGAAAAAUACAAUGACGCAGGAAAAAUAUCAGAGAUACGGAGUUAUAGCAUAACAGAUUUCCAAGUGUACAGAUCGUUAGCAACUAACUUUUGGCCAUGUGGGAAUUUUUCCUGGGACAUUAAUCACUGCUACUUAAGUCGUUGGAAUGUACUCCAAUGUUAUUUGGAAAGCACCCUUCAGGUUGGAAUUGCUAAUGAGCUGAUAGGGAAUGGGUUGGAGGCGGAAUCCCUUCUGUCAUGGGGGAAAGCCAUUUCAUGCUCGCAAAGUCUAUUCCCUUUUGUAGUUGCAUUUUCUUCUGCUUUAGGAAUUUUUUACCACAAAAAGCAGAGUCUGGAUCUGGCAGAAAAGGAAAUCCAAAAUGCAAAAGAGAUAUUAGUUACUAAUCAGCGAGAGUUUUCAUGCAUAAAGUGCAAACUGAGGGUAGAAGUUACACUGGAUAAGCAGCUUGGAGACAUAUCUCGAACACAAAUUGAUAGAGUUUCCCAGACUGAUGGAUUCUUGCAUGCUGAAAGCUUGUUUAGUGCUGCCCUGGGAAAAAUAUGUUGCUCAGCAUGGAAAAGCUGCAUUAGAUCUCAUGGAGAAGAUAUUACUGAUGGAACAGCGAUUGACAAAAAUGGAGGGGAAGUUUUAGAACAUAAAGCAAGAAAAACAAAACUCUGUGUCAAUAAAGAGCCAACUGAAAGCAAAGGCUCCAGGAAGGGCCGGAGAGCUAAAGCUUCCCAAACUUGUGUGUCAAAGGAGCAUUAUUUGAUAUCGGAGCCAACUUCAAGAUUGACUCGUUCAAUGCGCCAGUCACGUAAAGACCAAUGCCAAAACUGUUCUAUGCCUGAAGUUGUUUCAAAGAAGCCUAGCUUCUGUGAUUUAUCUGAUUAUUCUGGGGCUGAAAGCGUGUUGUUGGACACAAAAAACACAGUCCAUGGUUUUUGCAUUUGCUACAAAGGAAAAUGUAUGCAGUGUCUAUCUGUAAAAGUACUGGCAUCUGGGUCUCUCAACAGUUUGAUAAGUUUGAAAUGGGAACUCUGCCAUAGGAGGCUUGCGUCUUCAAUACUUGUUAACCUCGGAAAAUGUUUGGCGGACUCUGGUAGAGUUCAUCUAGCUCAUGAAGCACUACUGCAUAGUAUCUCUGUUUUAUUUAAAAGUAACCGGUCCAGCCACAACCAACCUUCUGUCAGUGAGUUGCUGGAAUUUAUUGGCCAAGAAGCUACAAUGGAUGUAUUUGCUAUUGAUAGGGCAAUAAUACUAUACAACUUAUGCUGGUUUAGUUUGCGCAAUUACCACUGCAGGGAGAGCAGGUUUAUUUGCUGUGAUCUGUCUCAAAUUCCUUUCCCAAAACUGGUGUCAUGGUUGACAUUAGCAUUUAUACUCAGCAGAGAGGUUCCAACAGUCUUUCAAAAGGUUUCAAGAUUGCUUGCUUCUUUAUACAUGCUGUCUUCCUCAAGUGAUGAGUUCUCAUUCUUAUGUGAUGGAAAGGAGCUGUCUACAAGUCACUGGGUCUCAUACUUCCAUCAAGCCUCGCUUGGUACCCAUAUUAGUUACCAAUUCAUUUCGAAUUUGAGCCGAGGACACAAACCACAGUGCCUCUCAGAUAAAGAGUGUACUGAGGCUACUUGCUCAAGUUGCAUGGUUCCUGAGGAGUUGGACUUACCCAGGCUUGCUCCUGAGCGUACUCAAGAUCUUGUUCAAUUUGCUAAAGAAUUCUUCAGCAAUCUUCCAAGCUCCACAAUCAUCUGUAUUAGUUUGCUUGGAGGCGCUUUGAAUGAAUUGUUACAGGAGCUAAUGCAAAUUCGUUCCCCCGUUUGUGCCUGGGUUCUCGUAUCACGCCUCACCUUGAAAAGCCAACCGGUUGCCACGCUUUUGCCUGUAGAUUCGGUUCUAGAAGACAUGUCAGACGACGACAGUGCAACUAUUAGUUCUACGGAAGCGACUCAAGUCAAGAAUUUAGAGAGGCGCUGGCUUUGUCCAUGGGGUUCCACCGUGGUUGAUGAUGUAGCUCCAGCAUUUAAAUCAAUAUUGGAGGAAAGCCACAUUUCAUCUGGAUCUCCUGUAGAAGACACGAGAGAGCAUAGAAAUUCAUGGUGGAAAAAGAGAAAAACACUUGAUCAUCAUCUAAAAAAAUUCCUAAGGAAUCUAGAAGCUUCCUGGCUGGGUCCCUGGAGAUGUCUGCUUCUUGGAGACUUGUCAAACUUCAAAUUGCCUGACUCAGUACAGAAAAAACUGGUAAAAGAUCUCAAGUCCAAGUGCAAAAUGGAAGUAAACGAGAUGCUUUUAAAGGUUCUUCUUGGAGGCGGGAUUGAAAACUUUGAAGGAGAAGCAUGCGUUGCUCAGCUUUCUUUAAGUAAUGGUUGCUAUGUAGGUAGAGGGGGAUAUCUUUAUGAAGAAGAUAGCUGUAAAACUCCUACUGCUGCAUCUACUUCUGAAAGUAGGCAUGGAUUGGCUUUACAACUGAUACGUGAAGCUGCAACCAAAUUAGAGCAACAUGACGGUUGUGACAAUAGAGAACCUAUCAUUCUUGUUUUAGAUCCCGAGGUUCAGAUGCUUCCUUGGGAGAAUAUUCCGAUACUAAGGAAACAGGAGGUGUACCGAAUGCCUUCUGUAGGUAGCAUAUUUUCUGUGCUAAAGAAGCGAUGUCUCCAAGGAGAGCCAGCAAAAUCUCAAGCUGCUUCCUUCCCUCUUAUUGAUCCGCUAGAUUCGUUCUACUUGCUGAAUCCGGGUGGUGAUCUCAGCGAGACACAAGUCGAAUUCGAGAGUUGGUUCAGGGAUCAAAACUUUGAGGGGAAAGCUGGAUCGGUACCAAGUGCGGAAGAGUUGACAGAAGCAUUAAAAAGCCAUGAUCUAUUUCUAUAUUUCGGUCAUGGAAGUGGAUCACAAUAUCUAUCUAGUCGGGAAAUAGAGAAGCUAGAAAACUGUUGUGCAACUUUUCUAAUGGGAUGCAGUAGUGGUUCGCUAUGGUUAAAAGGCUGCUACAUCCCACAAGGCAUGCCACUCUCAUAUCUCUUAGCUGGAUCUCCAGCCAUUGUGGCGAAUCUGUGGGACGUAACAGACCGAGACAUUGAUCGGUUUGGGAAAGCGCUGUUGGAAGCUUGGUUGAGAGAGAGAUCAGAUUCUCCUUCCCCUUUUUCUUCAGAAGGUGGUUGCAGCCAGUGUGAGUCAUUAACUAACGAACUUGCAGCCAUGAAUCUAAAAGGAAACACCACCAAGAGGACAAGAAAACCAUCUUCGCGUAACAAGCCAGCUCAAUCGAAUGCUGAUGGGUCAGGGAAGAUGGAGUGUAAUCAUAAUCAUGGACGCAAAAUCGGAUCAUUCAUAGCUGCGGCUAGAGAAGUGUGUACGUUGCCAUACUUGAUUGGGGCUGCGCCGGUCUGUUAUGGCGUACCAACUGGUAUCACAAGGAAGAAAGGAAUUGAAGCUCUUCUUCCUUCUUCAUCUUCUUGUUAGACUUUAAUUUUGAGGGAUACUUACGUGUAUGAACGAAGUAAAUCAGAGAUUUUGACACGAGAGAAAAAAAAAAGGAGACUAGAGAAAUAUAAGAGAUCCCAUCUCUCUUUUUCUUCUUAUAUAUAUAUUGUCAAAUUGUAAAAAAUGU